AACUUGUCUAUAUGGUUAUGUUCAAGAAGAGCUACAUAUAUAUUGCUUGUACAUUUUAUUGAAUUACUUGGUCAAGUUAGCAUUAGUACUUCUGCUUCAAACAACUUGUUUUGUUUGGUUUGGUUUGGUUACUGUUGUCUUGACCAGUUUUUUUAAUUUUAUUUUUGGUUUAAGUUUGUUUAUAUUUUUCUCCUAUAUAGAAGCCACAAACUUGAACAUCUUGGGAUCAAUACACAAUACCAACACCAUAUGUAAUGCCUAUCUCAAAUUGAAGAACAAUAGCACAAACAAACCUCAUGCCUUACCUUAGUUAUGCAGGUAAAGAUGUUUGUAGAGAGUAGGAAAAAUUGAAACACCACUGAAUUAAGUGCUACUGUGAAGUUCAAAUAAAUGCACGCCAUAUUUUUGUGUAAAGGAGACAUCCUCAUUUGGAGAUGUAAGGAUAGAGAAAGAGGAUUCAGGACUCUUUAUUAGGCUUUUCCAGGCGUCAAGAAGCAAGUUCGAUAAAAUUAUUCUAUGUUACUCCUCGAUGUAACUACUAUGUGUCUUGUGGAUAUAUAUAUAUUUACAAGAUCAGAUAGUCUUCUACAUUUUAAUCAUGUUGAGGUUCAUUUGCAUGCUGCUACUUCCCGUUUAAGUUUUUAGUAGAUGAAAUUCUUGAGUGGAGAACCUUUUUGAAUGGUACCAGAAAUUCUUGGUUCACUAUUGCAUCAUUGCUCUAAGACCAAGGCAUUCCAUUAUGGCCUUUCUCUACAUGCAGCUGCAAUCAAGUCAGGCUUACAAGGUGAUGUUUUCAUAUCCAAUCACAUCCUCAACAUGUAUGCCAAGUGUGGAAAUAUUAACUUUGCCAGUCAGGUUUUUAACGAGAUGUCCAAAAGAAAUCUUGUUACGUGGUCAGCCAUGAUAUCUGGUUAUGAUCAAGACGGUAAGCACCUCAUGGCAAUCAACCUCUACUCCCAAAUGCCACUAGAGCCCAAUGAAUUUGUUCUUGCUAGUGCUCUUAGUUCAUGUGCUAAUCUCUUGGCCCUGAAACUUGGUAAACAAAUACAUGCUCAGUCUAUCAAAUUAGGCUGUUCAUCCAUUUCGUUUGUGUCCAACUCGCUGAUCUCAAUGUACAUGAAAAAUGGUCGAUGUAGUGAUGCUUUAUCAGUUUUCACAAGAUCACCUAAUCCAACUGAUGUCUCUUACAACACAAUCAUAAUGGGUUUGGUAGAAAGUAAUCAAAGAGAGAAAGCAUUUGAAGUCUACAAAAGUAUGUGCCAACAAGGAUUGGUGCCGGACCGCUUCACCUUUGUGGGUUUAUUAGGAACUGAUGAUUUGGGAAAAGGAAUGCAAUUGCAUAGUCAAACGAUCAAGCUCAAUCUUGACGGGACUGCCUUUAUAGGAAAUAUAAUAAUGACAAUGUACUCGAAUUUAAACUUGUUAGAUGAAGCUGACAAAGUUUUCAGAACAAUCAAAGAGAAAGAUGUCAUUUCAUGGAAUACUUUCAUUGCUGCUUGUUCUCGUUGUGAUGAUCAUUCGAAGGCUUUGGUUAUUUUCAAAGAGAUGGUAGAAUAUUUUGAUGGAAGGCCUGAUGAGUUUACCUAUGCUAGUCUGCUUUCUGCUUCUGCUGGCAUGGGUUCUAUGCAAUUUGGGCGGCAAAUACAUGCUCAUCUUAUUAGAACAAACUCAAAUGUAGAUAUUGGUGUUGGCAAUGCCCUUGUGAACAUGUAUGCUAAAUGUGGCUGUAUUCGGUAUGCAUAUACAGCUUUUAGGCUAAUGACUUGUCAUAAUCUUGUCUCGUGGAAUAGCGUCAUUGCUGGAUUUGCUAACCAUGGCCAUGGAAAAGAAGUUAUAAAAUUGUUCGAGGAGAUGAAGAGUGUUGGUUUAAAGCCUGAUUCUGUCACAUUUCUCGAACUUCUAAUCGCUUGCAAUCAUGCAGGGCUUGUAAAUGAGGGCCUAGAUUACUUCAAUACCAUGAAUGAGAUUUAUGGAGUUACUCCUGAUAUUGAACAUUUCUCUUGCCUCAUUGAUUUGCUAGGACGAGCUGGGAGACUGAAAGAUGCUGAAGAAUACAUGCAAAGGUACCCCUUUGGGAAUGAUUCAGUUAUUUUAGGUUGCUUACUUUCAGCUUGUCGGCUGCAUGGUGAUGUUGUAAUUGGGGAAAGAAUGGCUAAAAAACUCCUACAGCUUCAGCCAGUUUCUACUUCACCUUAUGUUUUGUUAUCAAACUUAUAUGCUUCAGACGAGAAGUGGGAUAGUGUAGCAGAGGCAAGAAAAAUGUUAAAGAGUUGUGGUUUAAAGAAGGAGGCUGGUCAUAGUCUCAUUGAAGUGAAGGGAGUUGUUGAAAAGUUCACAAUUGGCAAUUUCUCUAACUCAAGAAUUGAGGAAAUCGUGAAUGUGCUUGGAACUUUAGGCUGUGGAUGGGAUGAAGAAAUUAUUCUCCUUGAUUCAGCAUAAGAAAGGCAGUUAUUUUCCUCAUACCACUGAUUCAGCAUUAAGCUCGGCAUGUACGAAGGGUUUCUGAACUGACAUAUGGACUUAUCUUUUUGAUCUGCUUCUUUCAAACUGCUUUUGGUCUUUCCAAAUUUGAUCCUUGGAGAUGGAAUGUUGCAGUGGCUUCCUUCAUGAUGUGAUUGGAAGGCAUGGUGGUUGUGUGGUAGAUUAAUUUGAAAUUGCUUUGCUUAUGUAACAGAAGAGUUUAUAGUUGCCUACAUGUUUAUAUAUUUAGUCUGACAGGUCGAGUUUUGUGACUGCAAUCACUCUAUGCUUUAGUAACAGCUGAUUUUGUUGCCCUCAUUCUUUAAGGAUAGAUUUGGCAUUUUGAUCCCCACUGACUGAAAUUUGCCUCUUAAAGGUGCAUAAGAGAGUAUUAAAUUACCUUCGUAGCUGAUUUUGUUACUCUAAUUCUUUAAGUAUAGGUUUUACAGUUUGAUCCUACUGAUAGAAAUUUGCCUCUAAAAUUGCGUAGAAAACUCUUCAGUUCUUGACCUCUCUGUUUCAGGUAUGAAUCUGUUAUAACGAAUAAGAUAUCUUGUUAAAACUAGUUUUCUCUAUGGAGCUGGAGUUGUCCUUUACCUGGUUUGUGUACUUGAGUCUCUACGAUCUUAUGCAUAUUGAGAAUUCCUUUGACAAGUGAAUUAAAUGGCAUUUUCCUUUUUAUUAUCUUCCUCAAAAAAAGGGCAUUUUCCUUUUGGGAUUUAUUCUUUUCCGUUUUGAGCUACAAUUAAACUCUUAAGCAUUUGCUACUUUCCCAGGUCGUGUAGGAAUAGUAUGUCUUAAAUCACUUUUGAAAGCUUAAAUAUUCAUGUAAUGUAACGGGAUAAGUGGUUCUUUGAAUGUAAUUGUCCUGGUACAAUGUUUGUAUCUAUUUAUCUACAAGCAGCUAUACUUUCUUAUUUCAUGUACGCACUUCUAUUCUCUUCAGCAACAGCGAUUCUCAUGCUUUUGGCAUCAGAUGUCUUCUUCCAUCAUUUAAAAGCUGAUAUUUUUCUCAUUUAAAAAAAUAAUCUGUUUUGGUGCCAUUUAACCUAAAGCAAAGUACACUUUUCUGUUGUCUAUUGAUAGGAUGAGUUUCUGUUGAUUAAGAUAUAUGUUUAUGCUCUAUGGCGCUGCUACUUUGUGGGUGUUACCAUUACCUGAUAUCCUUACCUUUGUUCUAUCAAAAUGUGUAUGUCUUUUAUUAUAUAUAUAAACAAAAGUAUCAACCCCCUCACUUGGUUUUGCUUUCUGUUCAGAUACAUAUGCCAACACUUGUGGAAGUACAUCAUCCAUAUGCAUCAGCAGAUCAUUAAAGAUGAACUCUCUAUAUCUGUUCAAAAAGAAUCUGUAGCAAUAAACAGCUGGGCCAAAGGGAGUUGCAGCAAAGCGGUGAAUUUUUGGAGAAAUAUUCUUGAAACGCAAUUUGAGUUGUUGGAUAAUGAAAUCUAAUUGUACGAAGCUCAAGUGUGAAUUGCAUGUAGUCUGGAAGUGUUACGCUGGUCAUCCUUUUUGUUUAAGACAUCCUCCUUUUUCAAUUUCUUGAGGUGUUCCACCAAAACUUUGAAGGCCUCGGAUUGGUAGUUCGUUUACUGUGAGGUGAAGAGCUGUCUAUUUCGAGCUGAAUAAUCCGUAAUGCAAUCAGGAGAAGCUGCAAUGAGUUCUGUAAUUACUCGAACUCUUCCCUUAAUGACUGCAUAAUGGAGAGGAGCCCUUUGUUCUCUUCCUUUGAUCCCGCAAAGAUUAUGGUCUAAAUUUAGCUGCUCCUUUACAAUAUCCACAUUCCCAUUAGCUGAUGCAAUAUGAAGUGGGCUUAGACCAUCUUGGUUCAGUUCUGCAGCAAAUUUUCUUCUAAGUUUAAUCAUCUCUCUUGCAAAAUGAACUUGUCCAACAAUACAAGCAAUAUGAAGAGGAUUUUCUCCACCUGCUAAUGCAACAGUGUCCAGUAAAAGGGGGUAAUCUUUCAAAAGCUCGUGCAAUUAUCUGUAUUACCUGUUCUUGCAGCUUCAAAUAACCUUUGAUCCAUUCUUUUGAACCAUCGAAUAAGAAAAAUACUUUGUUGUUCCUUUAAUAAGAGAGAAAAUGGGAAAGUGCAGAAAGUUUUAGCUUUCUUUUGAGCUUAUAUAUAUCAAGAUUUCUUGAUAAUUAACAUUUGUCUAACUAGUUCAAUGAACCUGUCAGCUCGCUUUUGAUUUAUAAGUUCAAUAUGUCAAGCAACUUAUGUGGACAUUAUAUGGUAUUCACCACGAACAGGUGAUGGAGUCUCAUCAAGCAAGUAAAUUGGACACUUCUGGAACUGCGAAUGCUUUUAUCUCUUGCUUUCAGAAACUAGGCAUUUCUUUUGAUUUGGAUGAGAAUUUUGGAAGUGAUAGUUGCUUCAGGGGGACAGCGGAACACUCUUGCAACUUAAGAGAUUUGGUGGGUAGACCGACUUUAUUGUACGGGGCGGAGUGUCGGCCAGUCAAGAAUUUUCAUGUUCAGAAGGUGAAAGUCGUGGAAAUGCAAAUGCUGCGAUGGAUGUGUGGGCACACUAGGAGGGAUAGAAUUAGGAAUGAAGAUAUUCGGGACAAGGUGGGAGUGGCAUCGGUGGAGGACAAGAUGCGGGAAGCGAGGCUGAGAUGGUUUGGGCAUGUGAAGAGGAGAGGCACAGAGGCUCCAAUGCGGAGGUGUGAGAGGUUGGCUAUGGACGGUUUCAAGAGAGGUAAAGGGAGGCCAAAGAAGUAUUGGGGAGAGGUGAUUAGACCGGAGAUGGCACAGUUUCAGCUUACCGAGGACAUGACCUUAGAUAGGCGGUCGUGGAGGACUCAGAUUAGGAUAGAAGGCUAGUUUGCUUAUCCUUUCACCAUAGUAGUUGUAGUUUUGCUCAUUCGUUUAUUGCCAUUUGAUUUCUGCUUAUAUUUGUUGGGCCUUUGUACUUUGAUUAUCUUAUUUAUCUAUGGUAGUUAAUGCUCCUUUCUACCAUGACUUUCUCGCU